AUGGAUGAUUGGAUUGAUGAAUGCGAUCCGAUCUUGAGAGACUUCUACUAUGUCUUGACGGGAUUCAGUGAUGAUGCAUACAUCGAUCGGCAUGCGCUCUCAGCUCAGCCAGUCAGCAUGAUCCGGCGGCUGUUCAGCAGGUCCAGCCUGGUCCGACCGGCGCGGUGCGAGGUGGAUGUGGAGGAGGGAACAGCAAACGGCGUCAAGUCGGAGCUGGAGAUUAUACCGGCAGGUUCUGCUGAUGGUACCGGGAGCUCGCAGUUCUCAAGGAGGAAGCUCAAAUCGAGGGAAGGCUCCAAGUGGCGCUCCUUCAAGUCUCUCUUUGCAAGUCACAAGGCUGAACCUGAACAGAACGGGGCGAGCAGACCUCCCCGGGCAGGAAUGCGGCCGGAUGAAGAGGCCAAGGUGGCUGACGUGCCCAUCACAGAGUAUCCCGCGGUGCAAGUUGUCGUGGACAAACAGGAGGAGGAAGUUUCGCCGACAGCGGGGCGAGCGAAAGUAGCCUGGGACACAGGGCAUGUUCCCAAGGUCUCUAAGAUUCCUCUCAAACGGUGGGAAGGCGACGAGGAAGUGCUGAAGAUGGCGAGGUACCUGGGAAUCAAAGAGGGCGAAGAUUAUCUCCUGGGAAUCGCUGAAGAAGCUCUCAACGCGACCCUCCCAAGUGGAUGGGAGGAGAGGAGUACAGCGGAAGGUUACCCCUUCUACUUCUGGUUCCUAGUCAAGUCGAUCAGGAAGAUGAAGCAUCAGCGGUCGAAGAAGGGGCCGCAGGUGGCAAGAUCGCCAGAGGUGAGGAGGGACAGGGAGAUAGCCGACUCGCUGUGGCGGAUGCAUGAGGAGGAGAAGCAGCGGGAGGAGGUGAAGAAGUGUCAGCGACUGAGCGAGGAAGAGCCGAUGUCGGGAUCCCUUGGGACAAACUGA